AUGAGGAACAUUGUGCUUAAACUUGCCGACUUGAUGACUCAAAUUUCUGGAGGCAAGGUUCAUAAUGAGCAUCUUAAGAAAUGCAUUGGGUCUGCUGUUUAUGCUAUGGGGAUAGAGAGAUUUCUUUCACUUGUACCUAUUUCUCUUGAUGAACACAGCUAUAUGUAUGCAAAUAUUUGGCUAGUACCAAUCUUAAAGUGCUAUGUUAGUGGUGCAUCACUUGCAUACUACAUGGAGCAUAUCAUGCCUCUUGCCAAGUCCUUUAAGAAGGCUAGUCGGAAAGUAAAAAAGUCAGAGAUUAGUCAGGAUAUGCUGGCUUGCGCACAUGGACUGUGGGGAUUGCUACCUGGCUUUUGUCGUCAUGCAACUGAUACUUACCAAAGUUUUACUCGUCUCUCUUAUGUCCUUAUUAGUUUUCUUAAGAAGGAUCAUUUCAUGCAUGAAAUUGUUUCCAAGGCAUUACAGAUUCUUGUAAAUGAGAACAAAGCUGCACUUAGCCCGAAAAGGAGUAUGGAAGAUUGCCAUGGUGAAUAUGAUUUUUUGUCAGAGUUUGGCGUGCAACCUACUUAUUCAAAGAAAGCAGCUACCAAAAACAUAAAGUCUUUGGCGUCUUGUUCAAAUCAGUUGCUUUUUGUUUUAUCAGAUUUAUUUAUUAGCUCACUUCCUGAAACCCGCAUAUGUUUAAAGGGAGCAAUUGGGUGCCUGGCUUCUGUCACUGAUUCUUCUGUAACCAAAGAGGUUCUUUUGUCUCUGCUUAAGAGGUCUCAAUUUGUAGAUUCUGAAGGUGAAGCUAAAAUAUUGACAAGUCCUGGAGUGGUAGACAGCAAUCAAGGUGACUUGAAGGGAUGCUCUCAGAGGAUGGUGCAUUGUCUGUGUUUCAUGCUGAAGGACUAUAGCGUAGGGAAGCAUGUUAAGCGAUUUGAUAAAUCAUUCAUGCGCCUUUUCCCAUCUGCUCAAGAGUGUCUGAUAUUGGAAAUGGCAUCUUGUCUUAUUGGAGGAGCAAACGAUAAUCUUAUUCAGAUAAUUUAUGAUUUAACUACACGUUCAUUUCAGGCAACUGAUGAGAGUGUUCAUCAUGAAGCAUACAACACAUUGAGCAAAAUUUUGGAGGAAGAAAGACGACAAAAAGGGUGCCUGGUGGCUUCACCCAGUGACAGGGUGAUGGUGGUAGUUGCACACAAUGAGUCAGUGCGAAAGGGUUUCCUUAAUGGACCACGCAAUACAUUGGCCCAGCAUGACCCAAAGUCCAAGUUUCAUCCUGUUUUUAUGGCUUUAGAGAAUCCAUGCUUCUCUUCUGCUCGAUACAUUGAGCUAAUUGAUUUAUUGCAUGGCUUAAAACCUCCAACUGCUAUUGCAUCUCUUAGAAGUCGAUAUUCUUGUUUUCGCCUGCUGAUGGUACAUGCAGUGAAGGUUGGUUUAGAAGAGGAGGAGAGCUCAAAGGUUUUUCUUAUUCUCAAUGAAAUUAUUCUCACAUUAAAGGAUGGAAAGGAAGAAACCAGGAAAGAAGCAUAUGAUUUACUCUUAAAUAUAAGUUCUACCUUGAGAGACUCAUCAUUUGUUGGUUCUUUUGAACCGUAUCACAAACUAGUUAGCAUGAUAAUGGGUUAUCUUUCUGGAUCAUCUCCCCAUAUAAAAAGUGGAGCAGUGUCUGCGCUUUCUGUAUUGGUAUACCAGGAUACAAAUCUUUUAAUCUCUGUUCCAGAUCUCGUCCCUUCUCUUUUAUCUCUGCUGCAAACCAAAGAUGUGGAAACCAUAAAAGCUGUCUUGGGCUUUGUUAAAGUGAUGGUAUCUAGCUUACAAGCAAGGGAGCUGCAGAAUAUUCUCUCAGAUGUUAUUACUGAAAUCCUCCCCUGGUCGUCUGUUUCAAGACAUCAUUUUAGAUCAAAGGCAUGUACAAUAUCUAAUGUUUAG